UUAUAAUUUAUAACAAAAAUAGCAGUAAAAAUUCAGGACAAUGCUUUCGGACGCUAUAAUUUCUUUUGGUUGUUGUUAUUCUGAUUUAAGAAUGUGGUCGACGACAUGUCUUUCGCAGAAGAUUUUCCAAGGGUUGUUUUUGUUAUCGGCGAUGUGCUUGCCUGUGGAUUCAUUCCCUUUUCGCCACGUACCUUUGCACGUACAAGACAAUGUUAAGAUAACGAUUUCAUCAACCCAGCGGCAAACUCGAUCAAGUCAAUUUCCAGACAUAUUACCGAAUGUAUUAGAUGUCUCCUUUACGUCUGCUGUCAGUGAUGCAAUAUUAAAACUUACGAGAAUCUAUGACAUAACCGAUGACGUUCCCAUUGUUCUCCUCCAAGACGGAACAUUCCGAUCACACAGACUCGUAGACGCACAGAAAGUCGCCUACUAUGAAGACGCAAGCCAGGGAGCAGUUUUUAUGGUCUGGGAGAGGACAUCAGGUUCUAGUAACGAGAAAAAUUCAGAGAACUUACAAUUCUUCGGUACGUUCCAUUCGGAUGACUCUGAGUACCUCGUGCAGCCGCCGGAAUUGGAAACCGGAAGUCACACACUGGGACCAGUGGAAGAUGUGAAUUCUUUCAACAGCGAUUUCUUGCUUGAUCCAAACUUCGAGCAAGCGAAGUUAAACGAAUCAAUAAAUAACGCGACGGAGGGCGCUCGUAUCAAACGAGACACGACUGCCCCUUAUGAAGUUGAGAUCUUCUUCGUGAUUGAUUUUGGACUUUACCAGUUUUGGUACAAUCAAACAACUGGUACCGAAUCAUGGUACGCAAGAAAAGCGCAAACACUGAGCACAAUAAAACAGUUCUAUACAUUUGUUCUCAAUGCGAUGAAUAUUCGUUACCAAAGCGUAACGGGUUCAGGAUACACCAUAUCCCUUCGCCACGCUGGGAUUUUCAUUGCUGAUGCGAAAGAAGCCAUGCCGUUUGUUGAAAACCACAAAUUAUUCUUCGAUGGUAAAUCAAGACCAGCCUUCGAUGCCGAUGUUGUUUUGCCUGCGUUCACGGACUGGGGAAACAGCAAUCUCAGCACGCUUUUCAGCUAUGACCACGCCAUGCUGUUUACGUACUACGACAUGGGUGUGUACACAAAUGGGAGUUUUUCGAGCAAUACAUUAGGCUAUGCAUAUGUCUCGGGUGCGUGUACACAUCGGAAGUAUUCCAUAAACGAGGAUGAAUUUGAUGCCAAGAUCGCGACAAUAGCUGCUCACGAAGUUGGCCACAAUUUGGGAGCGAAACAUGAUGGCGAUAACAAUGAUUGUCCGACAGACUACGGUAACGUUAUGGAUGCCUAUGCUCAGGGAGUUAACAGUAAUUCAACGAUAACAAAGAGACGUUUUGUGUUUUCAACGUGUUCUAUGAGAUACUUUACUAUGUAUAUCGAACAAUUGAACAGUGCAAAUACCAACUGUUAUAACUCUGUUACGGCCAACUACAACACGUCGGAUAUUGACUCUUACCUGAGUGACCUUGCUGGUCAGGUGUAUCCCCCGGACACGCAGUGUCAGUUCAUCAGAGGCCGGAAUUCCGCUCUGUAUAGGGGUCACUACAAUGGCAAUUACAGCAGCAUUUGCACGCGGAUGAGUUGUAUCGAUUCGGGAGGUUCUUCAAUAUAUUAUCAUUUGGCUUGGGAAGGAACCACGUGCGGGAACGGAAAGAUCUGUCAAGGCGGUUCAUGUGUUUCACACCCAAAAGCGCCACCUGUUUCAAACGAGACUUGUCCUUUUGAUGACACUCCAAGAAUGUUUACUGAAUCUAAUCAAACGUGUAAAGAAAUCAUCUCGAGUUCGAAUAACUCAUAUCAGUGCUACAACGAAUACUACAACGAAGAAUGCUGUUCAACAUGUAAUCGUGUAAAAGAAGAAUACAGACAUUUAACUGAUUGUUCCUAUGGAGACAAAGCGAGCUGGUGCUCCACAUUGUCACUUAGAGGUUGCUAUAGUAACGCAGACCAGUGUUGUCAGUCAUGUCCGGCUAGAGCGUUGAGUAAUCCCAAUUGUACCUAUGGAGACAAACAGAUCUGGUGCUCCACAUUGUCACUUAGCGGGUGCUAUUAUAACGCAGACGAGUGUUGUCAGUCAUGUCCGGCUAGAGCGUUGAGUAAUCCCAAUUGUACCUAUGGAGACAAAGCGAGCUGGUGCUCCACAUUGUCACUUAGAGGUUGCUAUAGUAACGCAGACCAGUGUUGUCAGUCAUGUCCGGCUAGAGCGUUGAGUAUUCCCAAUUGUCCUUAUGGGGACAGAUACACAGAUUGCAACGUAACAUCAUGCCCCUCAUAUACCGAGGAAGCAAGAAAUGUGGAAUGCUGUCUGACAUGCGCACCUGCUACCACUACAACUGCUACUACAGCAACAACGACUGCUGCUACAAUCACAACAACUGCUGCAACAACAACUGCAACUGAAGCUACUACUACUGCAGCUCCUAUCACUACAACUGCUGCUCCUACACCUAUCACUGCUGCUCUAACCACUACAACUGCAGCUCCUACCACUACAACUGCUGCUACAACAACUACAACUGCUGCCACUUCAACUACAACUGCUGCUACUACUACUAUAACUGCUGAUCCUAUAACUACAACUGUUGCACCUACCACACCAACUGCAGCUACGACCACUACAACUGCUGCUCCUUACCCUACAAUUGCUGCUAUCACUACAGCUGCUGAUACUACCACAAUUACUGCUGCUACUACAACUGCAAUUCCUACCCCUAAAACUGCUGAUCCUACCACUACAACUGCUGCUCCUACCACUACAACAGCUGUUCAUACCACUACAACUGCUGCUGCUACCACUACAACUGCAGCUUUUACCACUACACCUUCCGAUACUACAACUACAACUGCAACUCUUACCACUACAACCGCCGCUCCUACAACUACAACUGCUACUCCUACCACUACAACUGCUACUCAUACCAAUACUACUGCUGUUCGUACCACUACAACUGCUGCUCCUACCACAACAAAUGCUGUUCCUACAACUACAACUGCUGCUCAUAUCACAACAACUGCUGCUCCUACAACUGCAACUGCAGCUCCUACCACUACAACUGCUACUCCUACCACUACAACUGCAGCUUCUACCACUACAACUGAAGCUUCUACCACUACAACUGAAGCUUCUACCACUACAACUGCUUCUCCUACAACUACAACUGCAGCUCCUACCACUACAACGGCAGCUCCUACCACUACAACUGAUGCUCCUACAACUACAACUGCUACUCCUACCACUACAACUGCAGCUCAUACAACUACAACUGCAGCUCCUACCACUACAACUGCUGCUCCUUCCACUACAACUGCUGUUCCUACCGCUACAACUGCUUCUCAAACCACUACAACUGCUGCUCCUACCACAACAACUGCUGCUCCUACCACUACAACUGCUGUUCCUACCACUACAACUGCUGCCCCUACCACUACAACUGCUGCUCCUACCACUACAACUGCUGCUACAACCACUACAACUGCUGCCACUACAAAUACAAUUGCUGCUACUACUACUAUAACUGCUGCUUCAACCACUACAACUGCUGCUUCUACCACUACAACUGCUGCUACGACCACUACAACUGCUGCUCCUACCAUUUCAACUGUUGCUACUACCACUACAGCUGCUGAUACUACCACUACAACUUCUGCUACAACCACUACAAAUGCUGCUACAACAACUACAACUGCUCUUACUACUACUGAUAACAUUGAAGCUUCUACCUCUACAACUGCUGCUACUACCGCAACAACUGCUGUUCUCACCACUACAACUGCUGCUCCUACCAAUACAACUGCUGCUUAUUCCACUUCAACUGCAGCUCCUACAACUACAACAGCUGCUUCUUACAACUACAACUGUAGCUUCUACCACUACAACUGAAGCUUCUACCACUACAACUGCUGCUCCUUCCACAACAAUUACCUCUCCCACCACUUCAAUUGAUGCAACUACCACUACAACUGCUGCUCCUUCCACUAUAACUGCUGCUAUUACCACUACAACUGCU